AUGAGACUCCUUGAUCUAGAAGCAAAGGCUCCCCUUUACGCCCAAUUCUUGGAAACUACAGAGGGUCUUACAACUAUCCGUGCACUUCAUUGGCAGCGAGAAUUUGCAGACCAAAAUGCUAAGCUCCUCGACACAUCCCAGAAGCCAUUUUACACUAUGUAUCCUAUUCAGCAGUGGCUGCAGGUUGUUUUAGAUCUCCUUAUGGCAGGUCUUGCGACCGUUCUAGUUACAUUGGCUAUUUUUGUGAGCAAGAAGACUAGCUCUGGAGCCCUCGGCGUUGCUCUUGUGAACCUACUUUCAUUCAACGCAAUAUUAACAUUGUUGAUCACGAACUGGACGCAGCUAGAGACUUCUCUGGGGGCAAUUGCGAGAGUCAAACAAUUUGUGACAAACCUGCAAGUAAAACCGGCUAGGAACGAGAUAGCUUGUCCAGAGGAUUGGCCAAGGGAAGCUCGAGUAGAGUUUCGAAGGGUUUCUGCGUCAUAUGGGUAA